AUGUCGAAGCUCAUCGACUUUGCCGAAGUGCAGAAGCACAAGUCCAAGGAUUCGUGCUGGGUGAUAUUGUACGGGACGGUGUACGACGUCACCGACUUUUUGCCCAACCACCCGGGCGGCGCCAACAUCAUCCUCAAGCUCGCGGGAAAGGAUGCGACCGAGGAGUACGACCCGAUCCACCCUCCGGGGACUCUCGAAGAGAACCUCCCCGAGUCUGCGAAGAUCGGGCCCAUCGACCCCCAGACCCUCCCGGAACCCGUCAAGGCCGCGACGGACGUCGGACCUGAACCCAGCCCCAGCGACGAGAUCGAGCUGCCCCUCGCGGCGCUGUUGAACCUGGACGAGAUCGAGGCGGCGGCCAAGAAGAAGAUGUCCAAGAAGGGGUGGGCCUACUACUACUCGGCGGCCGACGACCUGGCGAGCAAGCACUUCAACAACACGGUCUACAGACAGAUCCUCCUGCGGCCGCGCGUGUUCGUGGACUGCGAGAAGUGUGACCUCGGCACGACGUUCUUGGGCCACAAGAUGGACCUGCCCGUCUUCGUGUCCCCCGCGGCCAUGGCGCGGCUGGCCCACCCGGACGGGGAGUGGGGGAUAGCGCAGGCGUGCAAGAAGUUUGGAACGAUCCAAAUCAUCUCCAACAACGCGAGUCAGACGCCCGAGCAGAUCGUCAAGGACGCCGGCCCGGGCCAGGUGUUUGGUUGGCAGCUCUACGUGCAGACGCAACGGAAAAAGUCAGAGGACAUGUUGGCACGGAUCAACAAACUGGACGCCAUCAAAUUUAUCUGUCUGACUCUGGACGCGCCCGUCCCCGGCAAGCGAGAGGACGACGAGCGUGGCAAGUUCAUCGUCGAAGACCACAGCGCGGCCAUCAAGGACGCCGGGGGCACGGAACUAAAAGGAGGCGGUGGCAUCGGACAGUCACUGUUCUUCGGGACCGACCCGACUCUGACUUGGACAAAAACCCUACCCUGGUUGAAGAAGCAUACAGACAAGCCCAUCAUCCUCAAGGGGCUACAGACUCACGAAGAUGCCUACCGCGCCGCCCAGCACUCGGACCAGGUCAAGGGCAUCAUCCUGUCGAACCACGGCGGCCGGGCCCUGGACACCGCGCCCCCAUCCAUCCACACCCUGAUGGAAAUUCACAAAUACUGCCCCGAGGUCCUCACCAAGAUCGAUGUCGUGGUCGAUGGAGGAAUUAAGCGAGGCACCGACGUCGUGAAGGCUUUGGCACUCGGAGCAAAGGCUGUCGGGUGUGGCCGCGGGGCGCUGUUCGGCUUGGCAGCUGGUGGUAUCGCCGGCGUCGAGCGUGUCCUUGAAAUCCUGCGGGACGAAACUGCCACGGCGGCACGAUUGCUGGGCGUCGAGAAAAUGUCGGAGCUCGGCCCUGUGCAUAUCAACACCAGGGCUGUUGAGAGAGACAUCUAUGAUGGCCCAGCGAACCUUCCUGGUUUCCAAGGCGCCAUGAAGGGCCUCUGGUCCAAGUCGAAGCUCUGA